GUAAUUGAAAACCAUACAGUCGUUGUUCAUUGAUUUUGAUAUUUUGAUUUUGUUUUAAUAUCAUUUCAUUUCUUUAUGUUAAAAUUAAUUAGAUAUUUGUCAACAACAUAAUUAUUAACUACACGGUUGUAAAUUAUUUUUUUUCAUCUUAAUAUCUAGGAAGAGGUAAUUGUAGAAAAUUAAUAAUGUUUUCAAAGUCAAUGAGAAAUGUAUUCAGACAAGGAUUGGAUUGUACAAAAGUUUUGAAUGUUAUAUGUAAGUUUAUGUUAUCAUGAUAAUUUUUACAAUGCGUUUGAUAUUUAAGUUUAUUCAAUUACAUUUUGUAUUUUGCUCUCGCAAAAAUGUUUUAUUGUUUAGAUAUGCCUCCAUAUUUCAUAAUAUUGUAAUCAUAUAGUCAAUUCAUAUAUAUUUAGGUAAACGUCAUUUGUAUGAGCCUGCAGCCAUUGGAUUGGACAAAUAUGAAUUUUUUCGAAACAAAUUGACUAAUCAGUUUUCCGAGGCAGAUUCUCAAACAUUCCGUGAGCGUAUGGAUACUUUUGCAGAUCCAGAUUCAACUAGUUUAAUUUUCACUGAAGAUUUAAAGCAAAUAAUACACAUGAUAGGCAAUACUGAAGCAGAUUUAACACUCGUUGAAAAAAUGAUGAAAAAGUAAAUAAUACAUAUCUAUUGUUUUUAAUUACAUUUUUUUAUUUAAAAUUUGUAAGUAAUUAUAUUAUAUUAUAUAGGUAUAACAAACAAAACAAAGGAUUACGAUUUGGAAAUUUCACUUUUGGUCCGGUAGUUAUGCGAAUGUACUACCAUCUUAACAAGCCUGAUAUUGCACUAAAAGUAUGUUAAAAUUGAAACCUUUAUGAAGUACUUAUAUUGUUUUAAAUUAAAUUAUAUGAUUCAUUAUAUGUAUAUAUUAUAUUAUUUAGGUAUAUAAUGACCCAGAAAUGGAUGGAUUCUUUGAUCAAUUAAGCUCGUAUCAAGUUCUAAUGGAUUUAUUGUUUGUAAAUGGAAUGUUUGAUCAAAUAUUAGAUGUCUAUAAAUCAAUACAAGAAAAACAGUUACAAAUAGCCAAGUUUCCCAAAGGUGUAAUGAUGUUAGUUUUUGCUGCAUGUUAUAAAUUGGUAAGAUUUCUAUUUAAACAUUGGUUUUUAUUUUAUAGUUUAUAUAAAUGUUGAUUUAUUUACCUUAAUAAGAAACUUUUUGUGGCCUUUCAUAAGUGUCCUUAAAAUAACCUAACUAGUAUUUAGGUACAUUAUAAGACUUUACUAAUUUACCUAUUUGGGCUUUAUUUGACAUUUUAGAAUACUUCUGAAAGUUUUCAAUAUGCUUGUAAGUUGUGGAAAGAACAACAGGAAGCUGGUCAUAAUCCAAUAAGAAAAACCAUAACUUUUUUUGCUGCUAAUGCAAUCAAUCAAAAUAGUCCUCAUAUCGCUAUAGAAGUAAUAACAUCAGUGAGGAAUCAAUCAUAUGUAACGCUUCGAAAUUUAAAAGUAAUGGCGUUAUGUGAUCUGGGUCGAAUUGUUGACGCUUUGCCUCUUCUCAGAAGUAUUCUGUCAUCUGAUAUACCGAUGUCUUCUGGGACAAUUGUAAAACAAAAUUAUUGUAGAGAUGUUGUAAGUUAAUAUGUUAUAUUUUGGUAUAACAACACUUAAGUUUUAAUAAAUUAUUGCUGGUGGUAAACAUAACAUAAUAUUUAAUGUUAGAAAAUUAAUAAUUUCUUUUGUUUUCAACAAGUACAAGUAAUUUUAAAAUAAAUUCCAAAUGGCUGGUCUUAAGAAGACUGUAUUAUCAGUUCUUAUUGUACUAACAAGUAACAUGUAUUAUCAGAAUGUGUGUGUAUUAACAACAAUGUAUUUUGUGCAUUGCCAUUUGGCUAUAAUAUAUUGACAAAGUAUACGAUUUAUUGACGGAAACAUUAAGUUAUCAAAAAUUAAAUUUAAAGUUAGCAAUUUUGAUAAGAUCUAUUAUAAACCUUUAGAAAGAAAUUUUAUUUGAAUAAUAGAAUAUUUUUACAUUAAAUUGAUAUUUUGAGAUUUUAUUUAUAAACAUUUCAUUAUAAUUAUAAUUAAAAAAACAGUUUGAUAUUUAGUUAUUAAUGCAUUUAAUAAGAAUAAUAAUUAUUCAUGUAGUUUUAAGUAUUAAAUACAAAAUUAAAAUAAAGUAUAUUUUUAUUAUUGUGAAUUGCCAAACAAAUUCCUUAUACAAUCUAAAACAUGAUUAUAACUCAACUCGAUAGAAUGUGAAUUAUUUUUAAUUAGUUAAAAAAUAUAUAUAUCCCAUGGUAAUUUUAUUAAUAAUUGUUAUUUAUUUAAAAUGGUUUUUUUUUUUUUUUUUUAUAUAUAUAAAUAUUGUUAUUAAUAAUGUUUGCUUUGUGUCUAAUUAAAAUUGGUGAAGGAUUUAAAAAACACAGUAGUAAAUAAAAAAUUAAUGUUUCACUUUCUAUUAUUAACAAGUUUCCAAAAUUAUUAAAUCUUUGCAAUUUUACAAGUUUUUCUCAAUAGUAAUAUAGUAAUUUGAAUGUGAUGAUAAUGUUAAAAUACUUCAUCUAAAUAAAAUUAAGUGUUUCUUUAUAUGAUUUUAGAUUAAUUUAGUGCAAUCUGCUGCUGAAAAACUAAAUGACAAAGAAAUUUUAUUAGAGCUGGAAAGAAUAAUUAGUCAACUUGAAGAAUUAAACUUAGUUACUGAGACUGUAAGUAUUUUUGAAGUUUUUGACAUUAAUUCAGUCAUUGUAAUGUUUUUAAUAUACUCAACUAGAUAUUUUAAGUUUAUAAUUUAUUUUGUAUUAAUAUACAAAUUUUACAACUUUAAUUUUAUAUAACUUUAUUAUCUUUUCUAGACACUUGAUAAUCUUCUAUGCUCACAAGUUAAAUUGGUUGAUAGAACAGAAUUCGCUAGUAGAAAUCCUAUGGUAGCAGCAAGCUAUCAAUCUGAUAGUAGACCAUAUAAAAAACGUGAAUUCAGACGACCGGGUAUUACUGAUUUAUUGUAAUUUAUAUGCUGUUUGGAUUUAUGUAAAAUAAAUUAUUUUUUGUAGAUUAAAAGUAUAUUAUUUAUGUAAUAACUGAAUAGAAAUAAAAUAUAGUUUGUUUUUUAUUAUUAUUGUUAUUUUUAUUCAAAUAUUAACAUUUUUGAUGAGUUUUUUAUUACAUGUACAACACAUUGAUAAUACAAAUUAUUUAAUGUUCUUAAAAAAAAUUAUUAUGUAAUACAAAUAUAAUGUGGACAAGGUUAACAAACAUGAAAAUCACUUACUCUAUUACACAAUUUAUGUUAAAUUUACUCUCUGAAAAAAAAAAAAAAAAAAAUACAAAUGGAAUUAAACAGAAAAAUACAAUUUGAUCGUUCAGUGGUAAGAGAUACAAUAUUAUUUUGUUGUUUAUUAAUUUAAUAAUAUGAAUAACACAUUUUUUUGUUCUAUGUUCUUAAAAAUAAGUUACGAGUUGAUUUAAUUUGGUGGUACAUCAUUUUAUCAAUAAUAAAAAUGAAUUAAAAAAAUAUAAAGUAGUAAUAUAAGUAGUUUUAAGUAUUAUGAUAUUAUUCAACAGCAUCAGUCUUGCUUACAGAAUAUGGUUCUGGAAGGGCAAUAUGGCCACUAUCGAAGAUGAGUACAUCAUCUACCGGUUUAUCUCUAGAAUCUGUAGGUCCAGAUUCAACUUGUCUAAUUGUUUUCUAAAAAUUCAAUUAAUUAUUAAUGAGUAAUAAAUAUUAUUUUAUACAAUUAUUUACCAUUCCCUUGAUAACUUUGCCAAAUACAACGUGACGGCCAUCUAACCAAGAAGUUUGUUUAGUGGUGAUGAAAAACUGAGAUCCAUUUGUAUCUUUUCCAGCGUUGGCCAUAGACAACCAUCCUGCCCCAUAAUGCUUUAACUUGAAGUUUUCAUCGGCAAACUUUUCACCAUAGAUACUACGACCCCCAGUACCGUCACCUUUGGUGAAAUCACCUCCUUGGAUCAUGAAAUCUUUAAUAACUCGAUGGAAUUUACUGCCUUUGUAUCCUUCACCUUUGGGUUUCUUAGAUAAUUCAAUAAAAUUCUGCGCAGUUUUGGGUACGGUUUUGCCAAAUACUCCAAUUUCCACACGUUGAGGUUCGCUUGAGCCUACUUUAAUGUCAAACCACACCUAUAAUAAUCAAAUAAAUAAUUAAUGAAAAUCAUUUUAUUUACAUAGGCAAUAUUUAUGCGUGGCUAAUUCAACUUACAAUGUCAGUGACCUUAGGUCCUUUUUUCGUAUCCUCCGCGGCUUGACUGUACAUUACCACGAAAAUCGUGAAAAUGGUUACAGGCAAAA